GGCUUGAAUUCUUCAUUUUUAUUAAUAUUAUCUGUUAAAUAUUGUGUGUAGCAUUUUCCGUUGUGGUCUCUUUGGAUCUGUUUAUAGUUGAUCAGCAAACCAGCAAGUCUACAUUCUACAGCGGCGAAGCCAGUCGACAUCUUUCUGGUAUUUUAAUUAGUGGACUUGAAAUUAAUGAUUAACUCGUGUAUGGUGAUCUAUCAACGUUUGCAUAAAUUUGUUAGUUAAUUUUAUGCCGAUGAUGACAGUAUUUUUAGGAAAAGUGUUCAGCAAUGAAUCCUAGGAUGCAUGCAGAUGCUCUGAUGUAGUAGUGUCAUGGUUUCAUAAAUCAGGAAGGACAAUAAUCUCAUACUAGAACUAUUAAUACGUGCUCAAUAUCUGUUGAAUCAAUCAGUACACUACACAGUCACAUAUUUGCAUAAUUCAUAUUCAAGCUAUGGCUUUCAUCAAGGUUUCAUGAUAAUAAUGUGUUGGAGAGAGGAAGCAAGAUGAAGCGGCCAACCAAGAUGGCCUCUCGGCCGGCAGUGGGAAGGACAAAGUGGAGCUACCUGCCACACUGAGACCACUAGUCGUCUAGUCGCCACAAUGAGCCACAACAUGGGUGGAAUGGCGCCCUAUGUCAGUAUGCAGCCUGCGAGGGGCCGAAACCAGAUGUAUUACGCACAGUGUGCGGGGGGGCCCGACCUUGGUCCUCCCCCCCCUCACAUGCAGCAAAGGCUACCCUGCUUCCCAGACCAGAUGACCAAAAUCAACUGCGCCAAUAUGGGAGAGCCGUUUAAGCCUCCAAUGAUGGGGGGCCCGAUGGACGGGGGCCCUCUUCCCCCCCUGCAGCCGCCGCCCCCCAAGAAGAAGCGGCGCAAUGCGGCCUCUGCAGCCGCAGCCGCAGCUGCAGCAGCUGCCGCCUCUCAACAGCCGCCCCCAAACAUGCAGGAUCUCUUGCCGCCUCCGCCUAUCUCUGGGUAUGGCGACACAAUAGUGGCGUCGAAUCCGUUCGAUGACUCUCCGGUGGGUCACAUGGUCGGUCACAUGGUGUCACCUCACGGCAUGCGACACCACGGAAUGGGAGGUGGUGGGCCUCCCCCACCCAUGGGCUCACCCAUUCACCCCCCCAACCGCAGCCCUUUAAUGUGUGGCGGCAGUCCACUCAUCACGCAUCCGCCUACAGGGAGUCCAAUGGAGUGUGUGAGCAAAGGAAGUCCAAUGACAGGAGGAGGAGGGGGACAGAUGAACUGCAAUUCGCCGAUGGGGAGUCCGAUGGGGGUCGGGGGGGUCGGAAGCCCAAUGUGCGCGCCCCCAGACGGGGGUCCUCCUCAAGCAAUGAACAAUCACUCAGGUUCUAUGAACCAUCACACCAGCAAUGGAAUGAAUGUGCCUUUUAGUGGAAUGCCGGGAGGUCCUGGAAGGGGUCUUGGCCCCCCAAUGUCAAUGCCAGGGGGUCCCCCGUCACAAAUGGGUGCUGGCGGACCUCAGCAUUGUUCACCGCAAAUGGGUGCAGGGGGACCUCAACAUUGCCCACCGGGUGUGGGAGGGGGACCUCAGCAUUGUUCGCCACAAAUGGGUGCUGGAGGACCUCAACUUUGUUCCCCACAAAUGGUAGGUGGACCUCAACAUUGUUCACCACCUCAAAUUGGUGGAGGGGGGCCUCAACAUUGUUCUCCACAACAAAUGGGAGGCGGUCCAGGACCACAACAUUGCUCUCCACAAAUGGGAGGGGGGCCACAGCAUUGCUCACCGCAAAUGGGUGCAGGGGGACCUCAACUUUGUUCUCCACAAAUGGGAGGGGGACCUCAACAUUGUUCCCCGCAAUUGGGAGGGGGUCCAGGGCCACAACAUUGUUCACCACAAAUGGGUGCUGGGGGUCCUCAGCAUUGUUCUCCACAAAUGGGUGCUGGGGGUCCUCAGCAUUGCCCCCCUCCACAAAUGGGAGUGGGAGGACCUCAACACUGUCCCCCGUCACAGAUGGGAGGGGGGCCUCAAAAUUGUUCACCUCAAAUGGGAGUGGGACUACAACAUUGUUCACCGCAAAUGAGUGCAGGGGGACCUCAACAUUGUCCCCCGUCACAAAUGGGUGGGGGGCCUCAAAAUUGUUCACCACAAAUGGGAGGGGGGCCUCAAAAUUGUUCACCACAAAUGGGAGGGGGGCCUCAACAUUGUUCACCACAAAUGGGAGGGGGGCCUCCCCAUUGUUCACCACAGCAAAUGGGUACAGUGGGACCUCAACAGUGUUCAUCACAGCAAAUGGGUGCAGGGGGGCCCCAACAUUGUUCCCCACAAAUGGGAGGGGGGCCUCAGCAUUGUUCACCACAACAAAUGGUUGCAGGUGGGCCCCAACAUUGUUCACCACAGCAAAUGGGUGCAGGGGGCCCUCAACAGUGUUCUCCUCAGAUGGGUGGGGCAGUGCCUCCCCUUCCUCCUCAGCAAUCCCCCCACCCGCCCAUGACGUCACCGCAGAUGAAGCAGCAGCAGCAGCAGCAGCCUCCUCACCCUCCACCUCCUCCUCCUCCUCAUCCACAUCACAGCCCUCAGCAGCAGCAGUCGCAGCAAAUGCAGCAGCACAUGAAUCAGCAGCAGAUGAAUCAUCAUCAGCAGCAACCGCCUUGCCCCCUCCCUCCCAACAGUAUGGGGGGCAUGGGUGGACCCCCCCAGAUGGGGGGCCAUCCCCACCACAUGCACUAUGGUCCACCCAAACCUAUGCCCGUUUCGGCCGGAAAGGUUUACCCGGCCGAUCAGCCGAUGGUGUUCAACCCGCAGAACCCGAAUGCGCCGCCCAUCUACCCGUGUGGCAUCUGCCAUAAGGAAGUGCACGACAACGACCAGGCCAUUCUCUGCGAGUCUGGCUGCAACUUCUGGUUCCAUCGAGUGUGCACGGGACUUAUAGAGGCAGCCUACCAGCUGUUAACAGCCGAAGUGUACGCUGAGUGGGUGUGUGAUAAGUGUCUUAACUCGAAAAAUAUUCCACUCGUCAAAUUCAAGCCCUAGCCACUUCUCACUCCUCAGCCUUCCCAUCUCAUCUAUUAGUAUUAUAGUUUGUCAGCUUUAGCUCGAGGCUGGACCUCAGGACGGGCAUUACUUCAUUUGGUUACUAUUAAAUCAAAUAAAUUAUUAUUACUAUGCGGAUGCCAUUUUAGGCAAUCGGUUACACAAUCGGUUUUGGUGCCCAACCAUUAAAAGGAACUUGAAUUAAUAUCGACUACUGUAUUGCAAAUACUACCCGACUUGGAUCUUUCACAUACAAUUGAAUUGAAUCAAAGGUUUUGUUUUCAAAACAAAUAAUACAUCCGGUUUUGGUACUCUACCAUUAGAGGGAACUGUAAUUGAUAUCGACUACAGUAUUUCAAAAAUACUACCUUAUUUGGUUCUUUUACAUGAAAUUUAAUUGAAUCAAAGUUUUUGUUUUCAAAACAAAAAAUACAACUGGUUUUGCCACCCUUGGAAUUUGUAUGUAUCGAAUAUAGUAAUUCAAAUACUACACUAUAUGGUUAUUUUACAAGAAAUUAAUUUGAAUCAAAACUUUUGUUUUCAAAACAAAAUAUACAACCUACCGGUUUUGGUACUCUAUCAUUUGAGGGAACUUUAAUUAAUAUUGACUACUGUAUUUCUAUAUUACCCUAUUUGGUUAUUACACAUGAAUUAAUUUAAUUUGGAUCAAAUUAUAUAAUUUUGCUGGUACCGUUUCCGAUGUCACAGCUCCAGCUAAACCUCACAAGCUUUAAAAUCAGUGUGCUUUCAUUUUGUAUUUUUACAAAGACUACAACAUCGUACAUUGUAAAUUUACAGAAUUUUAUAUAGUUUGGACGUUAGUUAGUGUUUGUUUGUUUUUAAAUUGUCGAUCGAUGGUAUGCUUAUCAUCUGUUUGAACUAUGAUUGCUAGUAUCUACAAGUUCCAGCUCGAGCCAGACAAAUUUGUAGGAAUUACAAUUGUAUUGUAUUUUUAUCGAAUUUGGUUUCAGGAACAAAAACUGUUGAACAGUUUUGGGUUGAACCUGUUGUUAAACUGCCAAUGAUUUCUGUCUUGAUACAUGGAUUACGCUGAUCCAACUCUACUGGAUGUAUUAUGAAAUGAAACCUUAGAGUCAGAUGUUCAAAAUUACUUUGAACAUUGCAAAACUUUGGUUUGCGAUCCUUGUCUGUCAUUGGACAAAGCAGAUAGCUAUGUCCUUUUCUAGCUCCGUACCGUUGCCAGAUUUUUUUAUUGCGGAUGAUGACCACAUGAGAUUUUUGCUUGAUCGGGUGUAAUGGAAGUGCGAGGGUGAUUUGAUGAGAUGAUCAAACGUCCAUGCCUACCGGCAGGAUUCGAAUCUUGGGUCCUGUUGCAUCAGAAAAUACAAUCUAAUAUUUUUUCAAAUAAUUUUCUAUUAUAAUAACCAGGUGACUUCUAUUAUUAUUAUGUCUCUUUUCUGUAUAGGGCUACUUGUAAUAAAAAUAGAAAGAAAAAUCUCAGUACCCUUUUUGAAUUAUUUAAUAUAAAUUAUAAAAUAUUAUAAGUGAUUAAAUAAUUCAAAAAGGGUACUGAGAUUUUUCUUUUUCUUUCUAUUUUUAUUAUUAUUAUUUUGUAUUGCAACAGGCCCAGGUAGCGCUAGUCAGUGUGACAAUAAAUAGAAAGUAUUUUAUCUAUAAUAUCAGUGAGUCACAAAUAUAAUAAAAACAAUUUAUUCAGCAGCAAAUUGUUAAUAAAUUGUUUGGCAGUCGAUAAAUUGAAUAAAUUUAAAUAGAUCAAGUUGAAAUAAAUUUAAAACGACAUAAAUUUCAACAUGCAAAAAAUAACUAAUAAUCAAAACUGAUGCAUCUAAAUAGGUUAAAAAUGUAAACUCAUUAAAACUUAAUUAAAACAUACGAGUUUCAGGGAACUACCUAGCUCACUAGGAAACUGAUGUAUCUAUUCAAUCAUGUCCUGGAUUAAAUAAUAUUAUCUAAAAACUAUUAUUUUUGUAAUUUUUUAUUUAUUUUUAAUGCUCUUUUUUGAUAAAGCCAAUUGUUGUUUUAAAUCUCAAGUGUUCUAGUUUGUUUCAAAACAACUUUUUAUAGUAUGUUUAAUGAUACGAAAUACUUUUUUAAUGUAAUCAUUUCAAUUGAAUUAGCAUAAAAGUUUUAACUCUUGUUUAAUUUUAAGCAGUUGUGUAAUAUUACCAAUUGUGGUAGACAUUUAAUGUGAUGAAGUAGUUUCUCUAUCAUUCUAUUCAAGGAUUCAAUGAAAAAAAUGUCCAAAAGUGAAUAUUUGUAUUACUUAUAAACAACAUCCAUGUUGAUGAUAAAAUGUAUUGAGCUGGACCAAAGCCACUUCUAAUUCUCAUUAAAAUACACUACACCAAUACACUUCAAUAAAAGAAAAAAUAAUGGAUUGAAAAAAAAAUUAAUUGUUUGAGCCGGACUCAUUAAAACACACCACUGUGCAUUAUAAGCACAAAAGGUGAUCCUGUAAGGAUUUUUUUAUUUUGAACAGAUUAUUAAAUAAUUACUUUGAUUAACUAUGAAAUACUCUUUUAAAGAUAUUUUAAUUUUAAUGAUAAUUAUUUUAUUGCCACAAAAAUUGUGUUCGUUGUUCCACAUCAUCUAUGAGUGUAUAUCAUUGAGGAAUAUUUAUUAUUAUAAUAUUUUCAUCUAUUUUAUCUUCCAUUAAUUGUUUCCCAAUAUACCAUUAAAAGUGAAAAGAUAUGUAUGAUAUUCGUAUGAUAUACGAUAGUGAGGUCCACGUUAUAAUGGCAGUAUUUGAUAAACAUUGGUAUUGCUAUCUUUGUCUAUCAUUCGACAAAGCAGAUAGCGCUGUCCUUUUCUAGCUCAAGGUUGCCAAUUUUAACAAUGUAGAAAUAUGAUUAACAAAAUAUUUUAAUUAUGAAAAUUUAUUAUUAAAUAUACUUUAUUGACAAAUCGAUCAAUAUGGGUAUUCACAAUGUUGGAGUUAGCUGGCUCAGUCGAGCUAACUCCUGCUAUUUGCUAAGUCUUUGUUAACUCAAUGCUAUAGUACGUUGGAAAAAAAUCUGGUGUGGUACACUCACACAACUUUCCUUGCUCAUUGAACUGUAAGCCUCAUUUUCAAACGAGAAUAAUUUAGGGGAAUAACAUAAUGACGAUUGGCGGUAACAUAUUUGAACUAUGAUCAGACUACUGUAUAUGUGUGUAUAUAAAAUUGUUUUCAGAGUUCUUUUUCCUUUGUGUAAAUUGUGAAAUUCGAUUAUUUUUUCUUAAGUCGUCAAAACAGCUGUUCUACAGAUGAAAAAUCUCGACUAUGUUUUCUUUUUAUAAACUGCUCUACCUACCUAUCUUAUGCACGAGAAGGAGGUUACAAAGUCCAUUUCUCUAGAAUGGGGUGGAUCCCCCAUUAGUUUCUCAGGAAGGAGACUCAAGCCAGUUGAUAGAGCUGAUAAAUAACUAUACAGGGUAUGAAUUUGAAAAAAUCGGUCAAAUAAUUUUUGAGAAAAUCGUGAAAAACAUGGUUUUUUAGUAACUAUCCGCCAUGUUUCUUAAGAAUAUUACGGUAAUUCUGCAAUUUUCCCAGAAAUGAGACUCAUGUCAGUUGAUAGGGCUUAUAAAUAGCUAUCAUGGUAUAAAUUUGAAGAAAAUCGUUGAGCCGUUUUCGAGAAAACCGUGAAAAACAUGGUUUUUUAGUCAUUAUCCGCCAUUUUUUCCGCCAUCUCGAAUUGAAUUCUAUUGAAUUUCUUAUUGUCGGAUCCUCAUGGUAUGAGGACCUUAAGUUUAAAAUGUCAAGUCAAUCAGUUAAUUAGGAAUGGAGUUAUGGUGUUCACAGACAUACACACACACACACACACACACACACACACACACACACACACACACACACACACACACCAAUACCAAAAAAUCAUGUUUUUGGACUCAGUGGACCUUGAAACGUAUAGAAAACUUGAAAUUAGGGUACCUUAAUUUUUUUUGGAAAGCAAUACUUUCCUUACCUAGACAUACUUGCCAUAGGGCAAGGAAAGUAAAAAUUAGCAGACGAGAUAGCAGAUAGCGCAGGUUUGAGUCCGCUAACUCUAGCUAACUGUUAAAACGGCGGCCAAAUUUGUUUUGGUCAUAUUUGGUAGCAAAAGUGAGGUUAUAAACUUUGAUUUACACAAAUUAUCCACUUGGACCGCUACUGCAGCUAAUAGCAGAUGGUUUUAGAUGGGGUGUUCACAAUCCAGAGUUAUCAAAUAGCACUUUAGCUAGCUAAAACACCAUUGUGAAUACCCCUAGUAUAUGAUUGAACAGUUGAUAUUCUAUCAGAUAUACCGGUAUCAGCUAUAGAAGGCAGUGGCAAGGGAGAGAGAAUCGGCAACGCUGUUCUCCUAUAUUUCUUUACUGGCACUAUAACUUGGACCAUAGCUGGUAUAUUUGAACUAUUUAUCUCUGACAAAUUAUUUAUUUUUUAGGUAUUUCUAAUUUAACAAUGUAAUUGAGCUGGAACUUGUAUUUUCGUUAUUCUUUAUUUAUUGUAAGGAAACUUGAAUCAAUGUGAAAUUAAUAAUGUGUAUUUUGUGUUUCUGUUUUUAGUACUGACUAGUUGACACGAAUGAGAAUUGAAUUUCUAACUGUAAUAUUAUUAUUGAAAAGUUGUUAGAAAUUGAGAAUAUAUUGUACAGUUUUAUUAUUAUGAUUGUAGCUUGGUAAUAAUAAUUGAUAUUAUGCAGAGAUCGAUAAUAUUAGCUAUUGUUAUGUUAUAAGGAACGCUCAAUACUAAAUACAAAGAACUUGAUAAUAAUAGUUAUGACUAUCGCUACUUAUUUUAACGAUACAGUUUAAUGUACAGUCAAGUCAUUCAUUUUAUUUUUUGAUUAAAAAUAAAAGUAAUGUUGAAUAACUGCUA